CAACCACGCACCACAAGCCCCGCUUCACCGUCCUCGGCCCCCCUAACCUUCGCACCCCUUCCAUCCCCUACCCCGAAAACUUCUACUUCCCCAGCUCGCCUCUCAUGCUCUGCGAGUGUUUCGAAAACCUACACCUACAAACCCCCGCUUCGCCACUCCUGAAAUGAUCCAGCUCCUUCAAGACGCCUUCAGCGCCAUCGAGCAGCUCCACGACUCGUCCCAUUCACACCACUCUGCAUCGCUCACCACCGCCCGCUCCGACAUCCUCUGGAUCCCACUCACUACCGUCGACAUCUACCAGAGCGACCCUGUCACCCUCGUCGCGCGCGCGGUGCAACUGGCAGCGCACAUCCACUUCCGCGUCAUAACGCUACGAGUACCGUACCACAACCCUGCGAACGACGAGGAUCUCACCGCGCUCCUCCAGAUCUUACGCUUUGUCAACAUAAGCGCGUGGAGAGGUCUGCCGUAUAUUUACUUAUGGGUGUACGUUCCGUUUCCUCCGUCCCCUUCGCAUUCUCCCACCCACCCCUUACCCUCAUUCUUCCCAGCUUUUCUCAAUUCCUUCCCCUUAAACCAUACAGGCGCUUACUCCUGGCUGUGAUUCACGCUUCUAACCGGCCACGCCGCCUCCACCCACCGCCGCCCCUCCAGCUGCGGCUUCUUCACCUCGGAGCUCUGCCGCCUCGGCCUCAGCAUCGGCCUGCACGACGAGUUUAAGGACUUCAUGCAGAACAUCUGCAAUUUUCUGUGGUUGCGACAGACGGUCGAG